AUGGGUGUGCCCAAUAACAUCGAUGUGAUCUUGACUGGCACAGGCCUUGUUGUGGUAGCAUUGGCCACUACGCCUGCUCUAGCCACAGCUGUCGCCCAACUACGGAAGCGCACUGCACGGGACAACUUCUAUGAGGAUGCUGAUGGCAAGAGUACGCCUGAAAGCUUGGCCGCUUUCUCAAACCGUCUUCCCAAAGUUUUCAUCCUUGCCUUGUCCACUGUCGGUCUUGGAACAUCGAUUGCAAUUUCAGUACUUCAAUCGCUUUCGCAGUCAGACUCGCUUUUGCUUGAGAAUUGGCUCAUUGCUGGGGCAUGGGCUCUUAUUCUUCUCCAUGCCAUCUCCUUGAGUGCCCAUCAUGCGCCUGUAAAGGUCCACGAUCUUGGCCUGUGGCUUUUUGGGUCUUCUCUCAUUGUUACCACCAUUGCUGUGCCCCAAUUGAUUAAGGAGGCUCAGUUUUUUACUCGAGACAACACAGUUGCUCUUGUUCUUCGUGCCGUGAAUGUUGGUGCAGUCGUCUUCCUCUGCCUCUUCAGUGUGCUGCUUCCACGCCGACCUGAUGUCUUCUUCAAAGACCAAAAAGUCGACGAGCAAUGGACUGUUUCUGCUUUCAGCCGCUACACGUGGUCCUGGGUAGACCCACUCCUUUCUUUCGCGGUCAAAAAGAAUGAUCUGGAUGCCAGCGACGUCCCCCAUGUAGACCGGACCCUGAGAGCUGCUGAUUUGAAAGAGGACUGGCUCGCAUCCAAACCUCAAGGCAGUCUCUUCCGCUCUCUGUUUUGGGCAUACAAAGGUUCCUUUAUGGUACAGCUCUCCCUUACUGUAUUCCGCAACAUCCUGGCCUUGUUACCUUUCUGGACCAUGUUGCGUGUGAUCAACAUUCUCGAACAGCGCGAUGUAGGACUAUCCGGAGCAUCCAACUUGGAGCUCUGGAUUCUGAUUUUUACGAUGGCUGGCUUUAACCUCUUAGAUGCUUGGGUUGAAGGAUGGGUGUUCUGGUACUCAUUUGCGAGCAUUGCUCUCCCUAUCCGGUCGCAAUUGUCAACACUGAUCUUCGAAAAGUCGCUUCGACGCAAGAACGUCAAGUCUGCAGAUAAGUCGAAAGAGUCAGAUGAGCCGCAAGACCAAGCGGAAGACAAGAAAAAUGAAGAAGAUGCCGAUGAUGGCACAAGUGUGUUGAAGUCUCGGCAGGCAAUCGUCAACCUUGUUGGUGUCGAUGCGUUGCGAAUCUCGAACUUCACGGGUUUCCAGUUCCUGAUUAUCAACAGCGUCUUCAAACUGCUAUUUUUCUCAUUCUUUUUGGUUCGCUUGAUUGGAUGGAUUCCUUUCACAGCUGGUCUUAUAGCUUGGGGUCUUACCCUUCCCGCUAACACCUACUUCUCUCGAGAAUUGCUGUCCAGAUCGGAUAAGUUGAUGAAGCUCCGCGAUGAGAAGUUAGCUGUGGUCAACGAAGCUCUUCUUGGAAUGAGACAGAUCAAGUUCGCUGCCCUAGAGAGUCGCUGGGAAAAGCGCAUCUUGGCUAUGCGAGAGAGGGAACUGAAGACCUUAUGGGGACUUUUUGUUGUCGAUACCGGUCUCUUUGGAUGCUGGGUCGUCAGCCCCAUUUUGCUUGCUGCGACAUCACUUGCCGUCUAUGCUGUUAUGAACGGUCAACUUUUGCCCUCUGUUGCCUUCGUUAGCAUUGGAAUUUUUAAGGCUUUGGAAGUCUCGCUCGGUGUGCUACCAGAACUCAUUACGAUGGGAGUUGACACGUUUGUCUCCUUGAAACGAAUCCAAACGUAUCUCAAUGGUCCCGAGAUGAAGAAUACGCUUUCCGAAGGCACAGAUGUGGCUUUCGAAGACGUAUCUAUUGCCUGGCCCGAAGAUGACGAAACACCCGAUGAAGAUAGGUUCAUCCUGAGAAGUCUCAACAUAAGAUUCCCCGCUGGUGAACUUUCGGUGAUUUCUGGAAAGACCGGUACAGGAAAGAGUUUACUUCUUUCUGCCAUUCUUGGUGAAACUGAUGUAUUGGAGGGUUCUGUAUAUGUGCCUAACACCAUCGCCCCAGAAGAGCGUCGCGAUGCCCAAGCAAACCUCGGCGACUGGAUUAUUCCUGGAUCUAUCGCUUAUGUUGGCCAAACUCCUUGGCUCGAGAGCGCAUCUCUGCGUGAUAACAUCUUGUUUGGACUCCCUUUUGUCGAGGAACGCUACAACCAGGUCGUUGAUGUGUGCGCUCUUAAGAAGGAUCUGCAGAUUUUGACAGAUGGCGACAAGACGGAGCUCGGUGCAAACGGCAUCAAUCUGUCUGGCGGUCAGAAAUGGCGCGUCACCUUGGCUCGGGCCAUUUACUCACGAGCCGAUAUCUUAGUAAUGGACGACGUCUUUAGUGCUGUCGAUGCACAUGUGGGCCGCCAUAUCUUUGAGAAGUGUGUCACGGGCGAUAUUUGCAAGGGACGUACUCGAAUCCUCGUCACUCACCACGUUGCUUUGGUGCAGUCGAAGGCCAAGUAUAUAGUGGAGCUUGGUGAAGGUGUUGCUCUGCAUGCUGGUUUGAUUUCUGACUUUAUCAAGGAUGGGACACUGGAGGAGAUUCGCCAGCACGAAGAGACUGCGCAGCAAGCUUCUGAAGACGAGACUACGGAUUCCUCAACGGCAGUCAAUUCCGAGGAAGCAUCCAUCACAGACCCAGCUGAGAAUGAUGAGAAUAGCACGCUGCAGAAAGUGCCCUCCAAGAACGCUAAGCAGUUCAUACAGGAAGAAGUUCGGGAAAGGGGUGUCGUCAAGAAGCAUGUCUAUCUGACCUAUCUGCAAGACAGUGGCGGCGUUGUCCUUUGGAGUAUUUGUGCACUUGUUUUUCUUGGAUAUGAAAUUGGCAUUCUUGGUCGAGCAUGGUGGCUUCGAAUUUGGACCGGUGAUGUCGACGAAAGUAUUUCAGUUGGCAGCAUCCAGCAGCAACAUGGCCACGCCUCAGUAUUUUCACUCCAGCAUUUCCCUUACUCCUCUGCACCCGAGUUCAGGGCUAGUGGAACUCACUACGAUUUGAAGUACUACCUAUGGAUCUACAUUGCCAUUUCCAGUGCUACCGCAAUUGUUGGCACAUUCAGGUUCUUCUGGGCUUAUUUCCUUGCUAUCAAAGCGAGCCGAUCACUCUUUGAAAAGAUGCUGUUUACUGUCCUACAUACUCCUCUCAGAUGGCUCGACACUGUUCCCGUCGGCAGAAUUCUGAAUCGAUUCUCCUCCGACUUCAACAUCAUCGAUAACCGUAUCACUAUGGACUGGACUCAGUUCAUCUCUAACUUGCUAUCCCUGAUUGGUGUCUGUGUGGCCGCCUUCUUCGCGUCCGGCAUCGUGAUCCCCUUGGCUAUAGUUCUUCUUGGGCUCGGUAUCCUACUGGGUAAUAGGUAUCUCUAUGGCGCGCGACCACUAAAACGACUCGAGAGUAACUGCAAGUCUCCGGUCUUCGAGCUCUUCAACGCAGCUCUUGCGGGUGUGUCGACAAUCCGAGGCUACAAGAAGACACAGGUCUAUAUUGACAGGAUGUAUGAGAAGCUUGACUCGUGGAGCAUCAUCACCUCUUACAUGUGGCUUGUGAAUCGCUGGAUGGGUCUACGUAUGGGUCUUAUUGGUACAUUGUUCUCGACUAUCGUCGGAAUAAUUGUUAUUGUGAGCCCUAGUAUGGACGCUGCUUUGGCCGGUUUCACCUUGUCUUUUGCCAUGGAUUUUGCCGAGAGUAUCCUCUGGACCAUUCGAAACUAUGCUGGUAUGGAACUGAAUAUGAACUCAACCGAGCGAGUUGUCGAAUACACCGAACUUGAGACCGAGUCGCUUGAGGGAGAGAAGCCUUCUGCCGCGUGGCCUACUUCCGGAACUAUGGAGAUUAAGGAUCUCGAGGUUUCAUACGCCCCUGAACUCCCACCAGUGCUCAGGGGGAUCUCCUUUGAUGUCAAGAAUAACGAAAGAGUCGGUGUUGUGGGGCGUACGGGUGCUGGAAAGUCAUCUCUGACUCUUGCCUUAUUCCGAUUUUUGGAGGCCCGUUCUGGUAGCGUCACCAUCGACGGCUUGGACAUUUCCAAAAUUGACCUGCAUAGCUUACGAUCUCGCCUAGCCAUCAUUCCUCAGGAUCCUGUGCUUUUCUCAGGAACAAUCAGAUCCAACCUUGACCCAUUUGAGGACAAUACAGAUGAUGAGCUUCGCGAGUCACUGGGUCGUGUUCAUCUUGUCGACUCACAGCCAGUGACACCUACUAAUGAGCCCGCCUCUGCGGCAACCUCGACACUUGCUGCCAAGAAUACGAACAUCUUCCGAGAUCUAUCAAGCCCAAUCUCUGAAUCUGGCGGCAACCUAUCUCAGGGCCAAAGGCAACUGCUCUGCCUCGCUCGUGCCAUUGUGGCACGUCCUAAGAUCAUGGUACUUGACGAGGCCACAUCCGCCGUCGACAUGGCUACCGAUGCCCUUAUUCAGCGCAGCAUUCGAGAGGAGUUUACAGACAGCACACUCAUCGUCAUUGCGCAUCGUCUGAGCACCAUUGCCGAUUUUGAUCGCAUCCUCGUCCUUUCAGACGGUCAGGUUGCAGAGUUUGGAACUCCCAAGGAGCUUUGGCAACAAGAGGGUGUGUUUCGUGACAUGUGUGAGAGCAGUGGAGAGAAGGAAAAGUUGAAACAAACGAUAUUUGGCUAG